AUGAUGAUCUCAUCAUUGGUAUCAAGAUUUAAUAAAAUCAAUUUAAAAAAUAAAACAACUACAAAUUUAUUUUUAAAUAAUAUUUUUAAUAACAAUAAUAAUAAUAAUAAUAAUAAUAGGUUUGUAUCAUACAAAAGUUUUCAAACAUUAAAAACUGAUUAUAAAUUUAGUGAAGAUGAUGAAGUAUUUCAAGAAAUUAAAGAUUUUAAAAAAUAUGAAGAACGUGGUAAUUAUAGUGCAGCCAAAUCAAUUUUAAAUAGAUCAUUGUCGAUGGUAGAAUCAACAAUUGGUGCAAAACAUCCAAUAACAUUGAAUGUACUAUUUCGUAUGGUUAAUCUUGAAUUAAUAAUUGGUGAUCUUUCAAGUGCUGAAAGGUAUGCAAAUCAAGUUAUAUCAAGAUUAAAAAAUAAUACAAAUCUAACAACCAAUGAUAUAGAUUCACAAUAUUUAAUACCAACUUUAAAUUAUCUAUUAAUCUGUUCACAAUAUCAAGGUGACACUGAAAAGUGUUUUAAAAUCAUUGAUGAAAUUAAUGAAAUUGCAAAAAAAAAUAAUGAUUGGGAAUUAUUAAUUUCAACUCUAUUAAAUAAAGCAAUCAUUUUAUCAUUAGAUUGUAAUGAAUCUGCUGAUAAACUUUAUAAAGAAUUAAUUGAACUUUCAAAACAAAAAUUAAAUGAAAAUGAUAAAUUAAAUGAAUCAAUUUUAUCAAAUUAUGCAUGUUAUUUACAUUCAAAUGGUAAUAAUGAUGAAUUAGCAGAACAACUUUAUAAGAAAUCAAUUGAAUUAGCAGAAUUAAAUAAAAAUGAUAUUGAAUUAGUUAAUAUUUUAUCAAAUUAUGGUGAAUUUUUAUUUGAUAGUGAUCAAUUUGAUAAAGCUGAACCAAUUUUAGAUAAAGCAAUUUCAAAAUCUGAAUUAGUUUAUGGUAGAAAUAAUCCAAAAGUUGGUACGAUUCUUUAUAUCUUAGGUAAAUUAAAUAGAGAUAAAAGGAAUUUAGCAUUCGCUGAAGGUUUCUUUAAUAAAUGUAUUACAAUCUUUGAAGAUUAUAAAAAUCAAACUAAAAGAAAAGAACAAGAACGUCAAUUAUUAAAUCAAAAUGAUACAAACUAUCAUUAUCAACCUGGAAAAAGAGAAAGAGAAUUAAGAAUAAACAAAGAGGUUGAUAUUGACUUUGGUAAUGUACUUUGGGAUUAUGCUCAAAUGUUACGUGAUAAAGGUAGAUUAAAAGAAGCUGAAAAUUUAGAACAAAGAGCUAGAAAAUUAAAUUCAUUUGAAGAUGAUUAA